GGUUUGAAGUACCUCACAUUUCUUCGAAUCACAGACGAUAUGAUCCCAUAUGCCAGGCAGAGAGUCAUGGCUGCUCCAUUCUGGUGGCAGCCAUGCCCGGAGAGGAUAGCGCUACACCGGAGACAAAUUACUGAACUAUUCUUGGCUCUCAUUUUGGCUGGUGUAUCAGAUGAGGUCAGAAUGAAUCUACGCAAAUCCAGCUUUGACGCUUGGCAGUGCAGUGAUGCGCACAUGUUAGCGUACAUUCGUCAGAUGUUCAUUGACCUUGAUCUUGUAGCAAAUUUUCACAUAGACGAACAGAUUCUCCGAAACUUUCUGAUCAAGGUUUACUACAACUAUAACUUUGUUCCGUUCCACAAUUUCAGGCACUGCUUUUCUGUCACUCAGAUGAUGUACACUUUGAUCUGGACCCUUGACCUCAGGUCACAGCUUGACCAUGUGGACAUCUUCACACUGAUGACCACUGCCAUAUGCCAUGAUCUGGACCACCCAGGCUACAACAAUAAUUUUCAGCAAGCCACUGAAACGAAUUUGUACAAAAGACACAAGGAGUCGCCUCUAGAACACCACCAUGUGGAGGUUGCCAUGGAGAUUCUCAAUGAUGAGUCCUGCGGUAUUGACCAAUUUCUUCCUCCAGAAAGACGCCAGCCUUUUCGUGACCUCAUGACCAAAAUCAUUCUCGCAACAGACCUGGUUAAAAGUAAGGACAUUCUGAAUGCUGUGAAUGCAAUCACAGAACUGGACUUAACCAACGAUGAACAUAAACAUGCCCUGAUGACUGCCUUGAUUGAGGUCUCAGACAUCUCUAAUGAAGCUCGAGAUCUGCACAUCAGUGAGCGCUGGUUGGAUUGUCUGCUGCAGGAGUUCUUUACCCAGCAUGAAGUGGAGACGGCAGAUGGGCUUUCACCGACUCCAUUCAUGGAUAAAGACAAGGUCACAAAACCCUCAGCCCAAAUUGGAUUCAUUAUUGGUAUGUUGCUGCCGAUUCUUGGGGCUGUCAAGAGGUUCUUUCCCAGCAUUCAG